AUGAACAGGUCGGGCUACGAUUACAAUGUACCUUUGUCAACAACCUACUAUGCAUCAAAUUCAAGACCGCCUCAGUAUGAAAGGGAUUACGGACAGCUUGCUUCCGUACCUGUGUACAGUCCUUCAACGCACCCACUUUCAAAUUACGCGGACGUGUAUGAAGGCAACAACGAUACUACGCUCCGCGCGGAAGAAAAACAUUGGUAUAUAGAAAACCACAAAAAUAUUCAAAGCAAUUAUAAUGAAAACAAUGAUGUCAUUUCGCGAGAAACAAAAAAUAAAAAAGAAGAAGAGAAAAAAGUUGAUGUACAAGUUACAAGAUCUGACGCUGCGCAGUUACGGCAGAGAAGAAAGGAGGACAGGUGUUCUUGUGAAUGUUGGCCUAGUACAGACAAUAAUGUAGUACAAGAUACUGGAGCGAACGACACGACCCGAUCGCUUUCAGGAGUCGAUAUGGUAGCAUCGUAUGGAGUAUACGGUAAUUCACAAGAUGAGGAGAGCUCAGGAUUUGCUCAUCUUUCUGAAAAAAAUAUAUCCUAUGCUCAGAGAAAUGAAACUCCGGUUCAGGGUGUGAUAGUUAAUCAACAAGGAAAUAGCGCAGUGGUACGGUCUAAUACCGAACCUGAUUCUUCUUGUAGUAAAUGCUGUCCGUGGUCAUCUAAUGCCCCAGCAGCUAACUCAGAGGAUUACUGUUGGAUACACUACUGCCGACCAGCACUUAUAGUUCUGUUGUUAAUAUUUUUUCUAAUACUACUUGGCGUGUCAACAGGGUUCUUAUUGACAAAUAAUUAUUUACAUUAUCAACCCCGUCCACCUGCUCCUGAAGAAGCUUGUGAAAAGACAUUUUGUCGAUGGGGCGCAGAGUGUGUGUCAUUAGGCGACGGACGCGCCCAUUGCGCUUGUCCCACCUCCUGUCCGUCCUCUGCGUCACCCGUUUGUUCCACCGCUGGAAGAACUUAUCGUAACCAUUGUUUCUUGCGUAAAGAAGCCUGCGAACGAAGGCUCAAUUUACGCGUCAAGCAUGAGGGUGAAUGUGAAGCGGGAGAUCCUUGUUCGGGGCUAACUGAUGGCCGGGAAUAUCCAUCUACUUGUCAUCUUGAUAAGCAUGCUUGUGACAAUCAGAUAAACAUCACUGUAAAGUAUCACGGCAAAUGUGACCCUUGCCUGGAACAUGAAUGCCUUGAUGGAGGAAUAUGUCAACUGAAUGAACUUCGUGCACCAGUAUGUAGGUGUGGUCCACCUUGCAGCUUAAUCGUUCGACCAGGCUCGGCAGUUUGCGGUUCAGAUUUCAAGGACUAUGCUAGCGAAUGUUCGCUCCGUAGAGAAUCAUGCAGAACGAGACAGCAGCUUUCGAUAGCUUAUAGAGGAGAGUGUGCCUCUGCUCAACAUCCCUGCGAAUCUGUGAAGUGUGGCAUCCGAGAGCGUUGCAUAUUGGACGCACGAGGUGUGGCUGUAUGUGGCUGUGGCCCAGAAUGUGAAGAUGUUCUUCGACCAGUUUGUGGAAGCGACGAUCGCACAUAUGGAAGUCCCUGUUUAUUAGAGCGAACAGCAUGUUUGGAAAAUCGAGAUGUGCGAGUCGCAUAUAUGGGAGCUUGUGGCUUGGAAAAUCCAUGUGCACGUGCAACGUGUCCUUGGGGUGGAGCAUGUGUGACUCGCAGCGGCGCUGCUCAUUGUUCGUGUCCAGUAUGCGAUGCAACUCUCUCUCCGGUUUGUGCAUCUGACCACAACACCUACGGGAGCGAGUGCAAAAUGCGUAUGCACGCGUGUCAGGAGAGUAUUAAGGAGGGGGAACUUCGGGUGCUGUAUAACGGGACUUGCCAAACAUGUGCUGAUGUUAUGUGCAUGGGCGACGGGACUUGUGAAAUGGACGACACAGGCCGUCCAAUCUGCCACUGCUACCACAAUUGUACAACACAGGAAUCAGACGUCGUAUGCGGUACUGACGGCCAGACUUAUCAGUCACAAUGUGAGCUCGAUUUGACAGCGUGUCGCGAGCAGAGCGAGCUGCGAUCGGCCUACAGUGGAGAUUGUGCUCUCUGCAAUGGCGUUCAGUGCUCCUAUGGUGCUCAUUGUGUAGCUGGAGAGUGUAUUUGCCCUACGGAUUGUAGCGGUGCUCCUCGAGAGCCUGUAUGUGGAAGCACUAUGCAAACAUAUCAAAAUGAAUGUGAACUUCAGAAGGCAGCAUGUAGCCUUCCUCCUCCAACCAAACUUCACGUGAUUUUUUACGGAGAUUGCAAGGAUAGGCUGGCGGUUGUUCCACCAAUUGCCAUGACAACAACUGCGAUGAUAACAACUGAAGCCGAUGAAAGUUCGACUGAUAUUGUGGAAGUGACACAGAAAGGAGAUACGACUAGUCCUUCAGCUUGCCGCGAUAUCCGCUGUGACUAUGACGCCAGUUGUGAAAUUGGUUACGACGGAUAUCCGCGUUGUUCUUGCUUAUUUGAAUGUCCAGCCGACGAUGAAUAUUUUCCGGUUUGCGCUUCUGACUUUCGACUUUAUCCAAGCUUAUGCGCUAUGCGGAAGGAAGGCUGUCAAAAACAGUUGGAACUUAGAUUAAGACCUCUGGAUUUAUGUAAAGGUAUGGAAGUAAGACCUUGUGGAAAUAAUAGAGCUAUGAUAGACAAAUCGUCAGGUCUAGAAAUAGAUUGUGGCAACGGACCCCAUCGUCAAGAUUGUCCCGCUGGAAGUUACUGCCAUAUUACUUUGACCGCUGCAAAGUGUUGCCCUAAAAACGACACAAAACAAGUAGAUGAAAGGAAGACGACUAUCCUCUGUUCGGAGAGCGCCUACGGUUGUUGUUCAGAUGGGUCGACCGCAGCAAGUGGGCCGGGUGAAGAGGGUUGUCCAAUUACGACUUCAACUUGUGGCUGCAACCGCCUAGGGUCAAUAUCUGAUCGGUGUGAUGAUAGCGGCCAGUGUGUAUGUCGCCCCGGCGUAGGGGGCCUUAAGUGUGAUAGAUGUGAGCCUGGAUACUGGGGUCUGCCUCGCAUAGGCUCCGGACACACUGGAUGCAUUCCCUGCGGUUGUUCUGCAUUUGGUUCUGUAAGAGAGGACUGUGAGCAAAUGACCGGUCGAUGCGUGUGCCGUACUGGGGUUCAGGGUCAGAAGUGUACCGUGUGCGCAGACCAUCGCCGUCGCUUAGGACCUAACGGCUGUUCCGAUCCGGAAAACGGUAGUUCGGUGGAGUCAUGUGCGGAUUUGUCGUGUUAUUUCGGAGCAGUGUGCACAGAACGUACCGGUGGAGCGUUGUGUGAGUGUGCUGCUGCCAACUGUCCUGACAGUGAUCUUAACAUGAUGGUUUGCGGCAGUGACGGUAAAACUUACGAAUCAGAAUGCCACCUGAAAUUGCAAGCCUGUCGCACUCAAGAGGAUAUUGUCGUUCAAGCAUUCGGUCCUUGCAAGUUGUCAGAAGCAUCUGGAACUGCUGGGCCACCACGACCGUCUUCACCAAUACAGUUCACUCAACAAGACGAUGGAGCAGCUUCAAAGUCUACAAGACAUCUGCUUAACCCUGACAAAUAUUACAAUAAAUAUGAUUGGACAAGGAAAGAAACUCCAAGUGAUUUCGAAAACAUUGUAUCGGGCCAGAAAGUAAAAGGUUCACAAACAGCGACAACAGCAACAGUGGGUGCGGUGGGAGCAUUGCUUGGAGACUUAUGUGCUGAAGACGCAGACUGUGCAGCUUUGCCAGGUGCUCUCUGUGCACGCGGUGGCUGUGUGUGCCGUCCGGGUUUCACGCCCACUGCGCACAGGAAGGCUUGUAUUGAAGAAUUCCCUCAAGAAACCACAGAAGAAUACAGUGCAUGUUUGUCAGAUCCUUGUUAUAAUUUUGGAACGUGCAUCGACUUGCCAGGUUCCACUUAUACUUGUGUCUGCUCCGAAUCCUAUACCGGCUUGAACUGCGAAUCACUUAUCAAAGACGGUCCACCGAUUACGUACAUCGAAACUCCAUCAUUUGUCGGUUCGUCUUACAUACGCUUAAGACCACUGAAGGCUUACCAUAAGUUGAACAUCGAUAUCGAAUUUAAGGCAUUCUCAGAAAAUGGGGUCUUAUUGUACAAUCAGCAGAAAAUCGACGGAACGGGUGAUUUUGUUUCGCUGGCGUUGGUAAACGGAUAUUUGGAGUUUAGGUACAACCUUGGGAAUGGAGUUUUAAUUUUAACAUCUUUAGAAAAGAUAUCAUUGAACGAAUACCAUAAAGUGUCGGCUAAAAGGUAUCACCGCGAUGGAAUUCUAACGGUAGAUGAUAUGGAAGAUGUAGCUGGACAGUCAGAUGGUAAUUUAAAAGCUCUAGACCUCACGGACGAUGCCUUCAUUGGUAAUGUACCAAGUAAUUAUACAAGGGUAUUCGAUAAUAUUGGGACCCGAAGCGGUUUUAUUGGUUGUAUUAAAUAUUUGAGAAUUAUUCGGCACCAAAUAACGAAGAAAUUGGGUCGGCCAGACUCAUUAGUUGUCGCUAUAGAAAACGUUCGAGAGUGUCAAUCUAAUCCUUGUAUGAGUAUGCCGUGUAGAAAUGGGGCCACGUGUCAGGCUGUUGAAGGUUCGGUGACUGAAUAUACAUGUAGUUGUCCUUUCGGAUUUCAAGGAGCCAAUUGUAACGAGAGAAUAGAUCCAUGCGAAUCCAAUCCCUGUGGAUAUGAUGAGGGGUUAUUGUGUGAUAUUGGUCCUGACGGCGGACAUAUUUGUCGGUGUUUAUUUGGGGGAAAUAUCGAAUCUAAUGGAAAUAAUUGCAAUAAAGAUGUUAAUGUUGUCCAUGAAACUUGGUCACCUCAAUUCAAUGGUACCAGCUAUAUCGAGUUACCGCCGCUCGAGGGCUUGGGAAAAGCAUUCCGUAUCGAAAUUUGGUUUUUAACGAACCGUUUUUCCGGAAUGCUUCUUUAUACCGGGCAGUCAAAUAAAGCCAAGGGGGAUUUUAUAGCGAUUAACUUGGUUAAUGGAUAUCUACAGUUUAGGUAUAAUUUGGGAAGUGGAAUCGCAAACAUCACUUCCCCAACACCGAUAACUAAGGGGCAAUGGCAUCGCGUUCGUGUAAGCCGAGUUGGCAGACAUGGUAGUCUACAGCUUGAUCAGUUGCCUGUACAACGCGGCCUUUCCCCACCACCGCUCACUCACUUGGAGCUUACUCUCCCUCUAUUUAUUGGUUCUUUGCCUGCUUACGUCCGUCCUCACAAAAUGUCGGGGGUGACCAGCAGUUUUAUCGGUAUUAUGCAACAGGUAUUCGUAAACGGCAACCCACUAUCGUUAUACAGUGAGGAUACAGCAAAAUGCUUUGUAGUUGCUGAGGAAGAGCGACUUCCGUGCGCUACGAGCGGCGUCACUAAAUACACCGGUCCACCGUGUGGUGAUGGUCUAACCCCUUGUAAAAAUAAUGGUUCGUGCGUACCAUUAUUGAACGAAUAUAAAUGUAUAUGCCCAGACGGAUAUCAAGGACGGAACUGUGAGCUCCAAUUAAAAGUAGAGAUGUUAAACGAUGGAGCGCCAAUUAAGUUCGACGGAAAUAAUUACUACUCCUACAGAAGUCGUGGCGGCCGUAGGAACCGUGGAUUUCGUGGUAUUAGAUAUGAAAUAAAGUUUCGGACUUAUAAUGACUCCGGUCUUUUAAUGUGGAGACGAAAAAUUGGUAUACGACCCCGGGACUUCAUCGGCCUCGGAUUAAGUAAUGGAAAAUUACAAUUAAUAUACACAGACACAGAUGUAAAGGAAAACAAUGUGGCUUUGAAUGAGGAGUGGUUUCAAAGUGUUGAAUCAAAGGAGAGAGUAGAUGAUGGACGUUGGCAUACAGCGACUGUUAGAAGACGGAAACGACUUGCAAUGUUGCAAUUGGAUGAUACACCGCCAGUAAGGGGGUACUCGCAGUCAUUGCUGGUACCUUCGAAAGCUAAUCCGAAGUUGUGGAUAGUACUGCGAACAAAAUAUAACACUUCAACUCAAACAAACAAAAGAACAACACAAGUAUAA